AAUUUAAAAUAACUUGUAUUCAUUAAAGGUAUUAAUCAAUUAAUCAUGAAAAGUAAAAAGAAUCGUAGAAUUAAAAAGCAUACUAAGAGUGCCAACCGCUUAAAGAGUGAAUACGGGUUCUCCUCACCGGAAAAUAUCGUCAAUACCAAAGGUUACCGUGAUAGAUUCAAUACUAAGCUUAAGGAUUAUCUGGACUCGGAAGAAGAUAUUAGCCCAUCUCUAAACCCCUUUUCAACUUAUGAAAAAAAUAAAUCAGCCACCAAUCGUAUAAAAUAUAAUGUAGAUAGUGGCGUGAAUGUGCUGAGUUCAGGUGAAAGCGAUAGUCCGCGAUAUACGAAUAAUUCCCCCUUGCCUAGGAUCCGCCAAGAGGGUGAUAAUCAAAUUUUUGCUAGUAGACAUUCAUUGUUAUUCAAGAGAAACGAUCGAGAUAGAAAUGGCGGAAAACAUACUCGGAGUCAUAAUAAGACUAGUCCUCAACCCUUAUUAGAUUCAAAGCACAGAGCAAUUUAUGACCGUUUCAGAUAUUUGAUGCAUAGCGGGGAAGGUGAUGUUAUUCCGAAUUACAACCAAAACUCUGAUGUAAGUUUUGAAACAGCUGAUAAAUCCUCUAAUCAUGAAAGAAUGACAGGCACUUCUAAAACGGGGAUGAAGCAAGAUCGUCAUUGA